UGCCGUGUGCACGGGGAUAUUUCGAGCGCGGGCGGCGGCGGCGUCACCCAAGAAAAUGUGGUGCAGCGCUCACUUCGUCCUCAAUCGUAAUAAGGCGAGGAGUCGAGAGGCAGUGUCCACCAGAGGAGGAGAGAGCAGCUCCCGGCCCGUGUAGCCCGUGUGAAGGACAGUCGCCACAGCCAUGCCAUUCAAGGCACCACCCACUCCCAAGUGCCCAAAAUGCGGCAAGUCAGUGUACCACGCCGAGGCCCGGGUGGUGGGCGACAUCUCCUUCCACAAGGAAUGCUACAAGUGCAGCAUGUGCAAUAAGAUGCUGGACUCCACCAACAGCAACUGCCACGAGAAUGUGCUGUACUGCAAGACGUGCCACGGCCGCAAGUUUGGCCCCAAGGGCUAUGGCUUCGGCGGUGGCGCUGCCGGGCUCAGCAUGGACACCGGCUCUCAAUUCGAAGACUACGGGAGGGACGACUACGUGAAACCGUACAAGGCCCCGAAGGCCCAGCCAGGGGAAGGUUGUCCUCGCUGCGGGGGCAAGGUGUACGCCGCCGAGGAGAUGCUGGCGAAGGGAAAGGUGUACCAUCGGACCUGCUUCAACUGUAAGUCCUGCCGCAAACCUCUGGACUCCGUGGUGCACUGCGACGGCCCCGACAAGGAUGUGUACUGCAAAGUCUGUUACGGCAAGGCGUUUGGCCCCAAGGGUUACGGGUUUGGCUCGGGCGCGGGAACCCUCACCUGCGGAUACGAGGAUGCCGCUCCUCUGGUCAGGCCCCACGGAAACCCGGACGCGGUGUUGCAAGUCCAUGAGGGUGAGAUUCCAUGCCCUCGGUGCGGCGGCAGGGUCUUCAGUGCCGAGAUGAUGAUGGCCAAGGACAGGCCGUUCCACAAGAAGUGCUUCAAGUGCAGGAAUUGCAAGCGGCCCCUCGACUCCAUGACCCACUGCGACGGCUCUGACGGCGAGGUCUACUGCAAGCUGUGCUACGCCAAGAAGUACGGACCCAAGGGCUACGGCUUCGCUGCUGGCGGUGGCGGCGUCCUCACUGCUGAGAACAUCCCAGGCGGCGAGAUGAUGAGCGGCGUGAACCCCGGCUCUGCUGUGCUAGACGUGAGCAAGAUCAGGGCUGAGGAGGGCCAGGGCUGUCCUCGCUGCGGCGGCAAAGUCUUCAUGGCGGAGGAGAUCAACGCCAGGGGAAGGUCCUUCCACAAGCGGUGCUACAGCUGCUGCCACUGCCACCGCCCGCUGGACUCCAUGACGGGCUGCGACUCCCCCGACGGCGAGGUGUACUGCAAGCUGUGCUACGCCAAGAAGUACGGGCCCAAAGGAUACGGCUUCGCUGCCGGCGGUGGCGGCGUCCUCACAGCGGAGAACAUUGUGGGUGGUGACCAGGUGGUGAGCAGGGGCGACAGGGCCCGGCUAGACGUGGGCAAGAUCAAGGCCUCUGAGGGCACCGGGUGUCCGCGCUGCGGCGGCAAGGUGUUCAUGGCCGAGGAGAUUCACGCUCGUGCCCGCAGCUGGCACAAGAGCUGCUACAACUGCUGCCACUGCCACCGACCCCUCGACUCCAUGGUGGGCUGCGACGCCCCCGACGGCGAGGUCUACUGCAAGCUGUGCUACGCCAAGAAGUACGGACCCAAGGGCUACGGCUUCGCUGCUGGAAGCGGUGGCGUGCUGACCGCUGAGAACAUCCCAGGCGGCGAGGCGCUGAAGGGCAUCAAUCCUUCAUCCGGAGCCAUCGACACAACCUCCAUCCCCGCCGCCCCGGGUGAGGGCUGCCCACGCUGCGGCGGAAAAGUCUUCUCCGCCGAGGAGAUGCUCUCCAAGAACAAGAGGUGGCACAAGCGGUGCUACAGCUGCCGCGAGUGCUUCCGGCCCCUCGACUCUAUGGUGCUGUGCGACGCCCCCGACGGCGACAUUUACUGCAAGCUGUGCUACGCCAAGAAGUACGGGCCCAAGGGCUACGGCUUUGCCUCUGGCGCUGGCGGCGUGCUGACCGCUGAGAACAUCUUGAGCGACGAAGACUUGGAGUCGAUGACGAAGCUCGGCGUGAAGAAUGCUGCCUUCACGGUGCUGGACGUGACCAAGAUCCCCGCCAAGGAGGGCCAGCCCAAGUGCCCGAGGUGCUCCGGCGCCGUGUUCCAGGCAGAGUCCAUGCCUUGCAGAGCACGCGAGUGGCACAAGGCCUGCUACAACUGCUGCGAGUGCCACCGCCCGCUAGACUCCAUGAGCUCAUGCGACGCCCCUGACGGCGAGAUCUACUGCAAGCUGUGCUACGCCAAGCGCCACGGACCCAAGGGCUACGGCUACGGCCACUCCCCCUGCCUCGUCUCCAUCGGCACAGAGGAUGGCAGCCCCAUGCCUACCGACAUCAGGCAGUUCGGGUUCAGCCCCAGAGGACCCGCUGUCCCAGGUGGCCCCCCCAAGCCCGCACAGCCCAACCCCAACGCCCCGUGGAGGCAGGGCGGCGGCAUCCCAGCGCCCAUGGCCAGCGGCAAGCCCAACCAGGUAGAGCCUAUCGUUAGUCCACCUCAGCCCGUGCCUAUUGGAUCGGUAAUUCCCGUCCCCAGAGGCUUUGAAUCGUCUGCAGGCCACUGGGGGCUGGGCCAGGGCCAGGGACGGGCCGCCAGCAGCCAGCAGGUGACGGGGCUGGUGGCUGAUAUUGAGGCCAGCAGCAGCGAGCAGAUGGUGGUUCAGCAGAUGCACCAGGUGAGUAGCGAGGCUCAGCAUAUGCAGCAGUUGAGUGGAGAGAUGCAGCAAUUGAGUGGUGAGGCUCAACACAUGCAGCAGGUGGCGCUGAGUGGUGAAAUGCAGCAGUUGAGUGGUGAGAUGCAGUUGAGUGGUGAGGCUCAGCAUAUGCAUCAGUUGAGUGGUGAGGCUCAGCAUAUGUAUCAGUUGAGUGGUGAGGCUCAGCAUAUGUAUCAGUUGAGUGGUGAGAUGCAGCAGAUGGCGCUGAGUGGUGAGAUGCAGCAGGUGGCGCUGAGUGGUGAGAUGCAGCAGGUGGCGCUGAGUGGAAGCAGCACUCAGCACAUGUCCACUCAGCUCACCUCCACCCAGCAGCAAUUCAGCAGUAGCAGCAGUGUUCAGCAGACACAGACCCGUAGUUCUGCCAUGACUCACGUGGAGGAGCACCAGCAGGUGACUCAAGUGGUGCAGAGUUGUAGCAGCAGCAGCAACAGGAGCGAGGUGGUCAUUGUGGAGGAGGAGGAGGAGGUGCUCAGGGAGUAAACCCCAGCGACCACCACAGCAAGAAGAGGAGGAAGAGGAAGAAGAGGAUGAGGAUGAAGAGGAGGAGGAAGAAGAGGAGGAGGAGGACGAGGAUGAGGAGGAAGAGGAGGAGGAAGAGGAGGAGUAAGAUCAGCAGUAGACCAGAGCGGCGGGAAAGCACAGCGGCCUCGCAGUGGAGGUCGACGACGCCCGCCAAGGUUGUGGCCGACAGCCAGCGUCGCCACGGCCAGCCCGCCGCUGCCGACCCGCCCCGCCGCGGGGUGGGGGAGAUGGCUCCCAGCCUAGCACCAUCGGUUAUCCCAAUUGAAGGUUAGCGUCCCAAGGCGCAGCCGGUCAGUCCCGCCUUGUUACGAGCCGACGACCGACUCGUUAUCAUUGGAAGUGAGUCUCAUGCUUGUGUCCCUCGACAAGACCAAGGACGACAGGAAAACGUCGAACGAACGAACGACGCCGUGCCCGGGACCCCCGACGACCCGCGGCGGGCCUCACCGUGUGCUGGUUCACUGCUGACCUGCGGCCCGCUUCGCCCAGGGGCCCUGGGUCACCCCACGCCGCGCGCCGCCGCUCCUCGCUCACGCUAUGCCACCACGCCCGCGUUCGUGCCGCCCGUUGCUGCUGUCACGCAAUACCGGCAACACGGCGGCGCCCACGCCUGGGAGGCCACUCUCGGCGGAAGCAGAUGGGCGUCUCAUUGACGGUGGCGUAGCCGUGUGCGUAUGUGUAGUCUUUUGCUCGUUUACGCUUGUGUGUGUGUGUGUGUGUGUGUGUGUGUGUGUGUGUCCGGCGUGGAGCAGCACUGUGCGCGCGGCGCGGGCAUCGACAUGGCGGGCGAUGUGGUCUUGGGUGUGGAUGACGACGGUGAUGCUCGCAUUGUCACGCGUUACUAUUGUUGCCUCUGAUCAGGUGAGCGAGUCAUAGUUUAGGCCGCGCCGCCGGCAGGGGACGCCACACCAGCCCCGCCGCCGACACUUUUAUGAGAAAGGAGGACAAAAAAAAUCGUAGGAUCCUUGUUGUAGCAUUCGCCUAAUUUUUCCUUUUGCGUAAUGAAUGAGUUGCGUGGAAUCCAUACCGUGUGUGCCGCCCCUCGAGGCGGCUUAGACUACUGUCAUUAACAAACAGGUCCAAUCCAUUCUAUUUAUACAGUACGUGGCCCUUUGUAGCGUUAAGACGAAGGUCCUCCUGCUCCCACUGACCAAGGGGACAAGCGGUUCGGGAGCAACAGGACCUUCACUCCGCCUCCGGGUUGGCCGCCCUCCUGCACGCGCCUCGCCUCUCCUUCCACGGCCAGGCGGAGUGCAGGAUGCGGCUCGCCCCCCCACGACACCCCCGCCCUACCCCUCCACGAGCCUCGCCUCGUCGCCUAACCUGCUGGAGCUUCCGUCCCUCUUAGCACUGCCUCACAACCAAUCACAGACGUCGGGAGGUGUGAGGACGAGGAGGCGAGCGGCGCAUCCAUCAGGCUACCGUGAGCAGGCUGGGGAGGGAAUGUGGGGGGGGCGGGGGAGGAGGAAGAGGGGGCAAUCUGCUGCAACGUGCCGUCCCCUCCUCCAUCCCCCGCCCUUCCCAGCCUCCUAAAGCCAGGGUGUUGGGGAGUGGGUGCCCCGGAGCGCCCGUCGGUAUAAUCAUUCUUGACUUAGUGUUGUGGAGGUCAACUGGCUGCCUGCUGAGAGGAGCCGAGAUCGUUGUUAUGAGCCGAGUCAGCCGGUGAAGCAGAUCACCACCCUAGUACUGCCAGCACAGGCUUUAUAUAAACGACUCUAUCUCGACAUGUGCAUUUGUUUUCAUUAAAGAUUCAAUGUUCUGA